AUGGCCGUGCAUCUUACCGACUAGCCAAUUGCACGCGCACGCUACAUCAACCCGGUCUGGCUGACUAUUGCCGACCAGCAUCAUCAUUCAAGUGCUUAGCAGAGUAGAAGCCAGUGGAUCACCCUAGCAUCGUGUCUAAUCAUCGUUUGACUGAAAUCCCUUCACGUGCGACUCGUACAUAAGACCACGGUUGCAUCCGGUUGUCAAAAAACGACACCACACACCAUCUCCCCUUCGAAUCAAGGUCUCUUGGCUUCAUCAGCUACAAAUCAUUCAAAAUGGCACCCAACAGUAAGCCAUCAGCCUCCAGCAAGGAGAAGGACCGCCGAAAGUCGACUGGCAAGUCGUCUACUAUUGUGACGCUGCGAGUAUCCUCCGACCGACUACGUAAGAUACUUGACCCAUCGUGGACCAAGGAGGACACUCCUAUGAAAGAGUCGUCGGUUUCGUCGCCUGCGCCUCCGAAUGAUGUUCCUACCGCUGCGGCAUCUCAAGACGAUAAUGCUACUCCGUCGAGUCCCGGUACACCAGCUGCGAGCGGGACUCCCUCGCAGAAUCCUAUGGGCCCCCCUACAGAUGGCAAGAAGAAGGGUGUGAAACGAAGUGCUGCAGCUGCGAAUGGUAAUGACCCGACAGCUAAAAUCCGAGGCAAGCCUGGCCCUAAAAAGAAAGCUAGAUUGGAGGAUGGUACUAUCGACCCCAACGGACGCGCCGCGGGGAAUACAUAUCAUAAACUUGGUCCAAAGGCAAACCAGGGUGCUAUUAAUGCCGGUCUCCGUGCACUCGACCGCUCGGGCACGCCUUGUCGAAAAUGGACUAAGGGUGGCUUCAGGUUAAAGUCAUUUACCGGUGUUUUAUGGGAGAUUCCACGCUGGACGGCGCCCCCAAAGUCCAAGCCAGAAGCGCCUACGGAAGAACCCUCUGGCUCUGCCGACUCAAGUAACAAGGAGAACAAGGACGACAGUCAGAUGAAGAGCGAGAAGAGUACCAGUAACGUGGAAGGCGAACCACUAAGCAUUCCUCCCAGCGUACAUGCUAGCUCUCCUACCCCCGUGGCUAUUGCUGCCUCUUAAAUGUGCUGCAUUGAGGAUCUUCUCAUACCAUUUUACGAUCUACCGUCCGAUCGUAUUACCAUCACGAGCGAUUUGUUUUCUCUGGCGUUUGAGGAAUAUGGAUUGACCAAAAGUACG